GAGUUACCGCUUCUGUUGGGUCGACAGCCAGGCCGUCCCCAGCAUUUCUCGCUAGAAUCACACACCCGGAGCAACUCACCACAUCCUCCGAGCUUCUAGUCUACAUGUACUAGUUCUAGUAUCGCUGGAGACACGGACCGACGUGUCUACCUUACGUAUCCCGACGACACCUGUACUAUACUAUACUGCACCCAAUUGGCGCAUGAUUGGACGACGACGAGAGCGGAGCCAUACCACCACGAAAUCUCAUUGUGCGACGAGAGGGGUCGGGAAAGAGCAGAGUGGAAAUCGUGCUUUGGUUUGCGGUGGGUGGAAGAAAGAAUCACCAGACGUGAUCCCUCACCAGACGCGCCCACGCGACCCUAGCUCUCUCGAGCACCUCGACGCGUGCGCAACAUGGCCACUCUCACGAACGGCGAUGCUGCCGCACCUGCGCCCAUGCACACCGCCGACACCAUCACCGCCGACCUGAACACGACCAAACGGAAGCGCGAGGAUGAGCAGUCAUCUUCAGACGACGCAGACACUUCCGCAUCACAGCUCAAGUGCAUACAAAAGGAUAUUUUGGAAGUUCUCACAAGACAUGACUCCGAGCCCUCCUUCUUGCAGCACGCCGUGCUAUCCACUGAGCCAUCCAACAAAAAGGCCAAGCUGUCCGAGCCAGCGAGCGAUCGGUACAGCAUAGCUAGCAGACUGGCAGCCUCCAGCUAUGCAUCCCUUCAGGACUUACGCAAAGAUGCAGGCACUGUUAGCGACGACCUUGUGACUGCUAUAAGGACCAAGGCCAGGGAACGAGCAAACUUUACAGCCGGCCGUCCCACUGUGGAGGAGCUGAAGCAGAUCAACAAGAUCCAGUCUCUGGAGACCCUGGUCCAGGAGAUUGUGGAGCGGGAGCGUGGCUGGGAGGAGCCAGGGCGACUGCAGAUAGGCAAGGAAGAGAAGGAUACUGUGAAUGGCACUUGCAACCAGAAGGUGUCUUCUGGAAGCACUCGUGGUGGGACAGUGCUCACCCUGUUCGGCAAUGCGCCUACGCCCAAGCAAUUGUUCUCGUCUCAGCAGCAUCCAUCCGAUCGCGAUGCGCCUUUGAUCAAAACCGAACUACCAGUGGAAGAGAUGAGCCUACCGAAUGGCAUAUCUACGACGAAGAUAGCAUCUGUGUUCCCUGAUGAGGUUAAGAAAGGGCCCACUUUCGAACAGGCAUUUGCACCACCCUACAGUCUCGCUGCUCUGCAACCGCCCAAAUCGCACAAGCGUGCGGUCGCUCGGGAUCACUCAAUAACGUGGGAAUUCAAAGAUCCAACACAGCGCAAUAAGCGUGGAGGCUAUACCGUCCAGCCUUUGUCUACUGCGACGUGGCUUGACUAUGGCGGUGUUGACGAUUCGACGGCAGUCUCAACGCGAGAGAGACGAAAACAGCGCGAUCGAGCUCUCAGUUCUAGUGACGGCACCGCUCGGAAAGACACCUUGGAGACUUCAGUGGAGAUCUUGAAGAGACAGGAAGAGGCUCUUUUCCGGAAGGCGUACUCGAGUUUUGCCCCUCCCAAAGAUAGUUCGAAUGCCAUUGUGCCCGAAGAGCUGAAGAACAUGGUCUGGUGGCAGAAAGUCGGCGAGAAGCGAUACUACAGCGCCUUCGCAAUUGAUCCUGCGCUACUGAACGACCCUGUCCAGCCACAGGUGCCAGACUGGGGGCCCACCCCUGAUCUUCGGGAAGAUGAGUUCAGUCAAGUUUUAGAAGAUCUUGACCAACUAGAAAAGAUGGAGACUGAGGCCCCUAUCAAACCGAACAAGGAUAAAACGGACGUCGAGCAAGUGCUGCGAGAAGUUUCUGAGCUCCUGGAAACACUGGCAUCUCAUCAACGUAUUCGCAACGCUUCUUUACAUCUCUCGACGACAGCAUCGCGCACUCCGAUCAGCCCAGGUCCUGCUGGCUCAACGCAAAGUGGCAAACCUGACGAACCUUCUGAACAAGAGACUGCAACAUAUCACACUCUUCGUCGCGAACUCGCGUACCUACUACUGAAACUGCCACCAUAUGCAAUUGCCAAGCUCGAUGGUGAUCAAUUGGCAGACCUAGGCGUCAAGACUCUUGUUGCAUACGAAAUUGCAGACGUGAGAGGAGUCAUGGAAGAAGACCAAGUCGCGAGACAAGCGAAGCUUGCGGCUAUGGCCACUGCCAAUAGCAUUGCUAGCCUGGCUCGCCCCAGCUCAUCGGCAGCGUCACAACGUUACAAUCACACCCCACAAGGAACACCAGCCAUUGGAGCUCUGGCACAUACCCGAUAUGGCACUUCAUACAACGCCAGAACACCGUCGGUUGCAACACCUACGUUCCAAAGACAGCAAAGCAACCCUUCAACAUUCGGUACAGCUCCUAAUGUCAGACCAUCGUACAGCGUUCAACCACAGCAGUUUACGCGACCAGGUGCACCACAGCCGGGCUAUGGCAAUACCGUGAACCAGCAGUAUUACGGCCAGCGGAACCUGCCGCAGCAGUCAAAUGGAGGCUAUAGCAGUUAUGCACAGCAGUAUCAGGCAACGGCGCAAAAUCAAUCCACGCCUCUGCAAAAUCAGGCAUAUGCGCGGACACUGAGUGUAGGCAAUUUCCAGACCAACAACACGCCACCGCAACAGAUCUUCAAUCGCAACGCGUCGCCCGCAAAGCCCAGCUACCCACCACAGCAAGCUGGUGCCCAGCGACCGAUGUACCCAGCGCCGCAGCAACCACAACAACAACAGCAGCAGCAGCAGCAGCAGCAGCCAGGAUCAGGUCGAGCCACUCCUGUCAGCUACCCAAGCAAUCCGCACACUCCAGUCAAUGGCUACGCGCCGCCGCCACCUCGGCCCAUCCAAGAACUUGCACCGAGACCGACGAGCACGACGCCUCAGCCGCCUCAGCAUAAUGGUCCCACGCAGCCUCCGCCGCAUUAGCUUUUGGCGAGAAAAAAAAAGCCGUAGAUGGACUGCUGUGCUACUAACGAGCGUGAACGAGGGGCAUGUUCAAAAGUCACUCAAGCAUGCCUCGUGGGGCAGGAGAGACGGCUUCCUGCGAGCACGGGGUCAGAAACAUGUUGGACGAAUAGGAGACGGCGGCGAGCAGGUCAAACUCUCGGGGCCUCUGUUGUAUUAGUAGUUAUGCCGGCUGAUGGUCGAGACCAUAAUACGAAUGGCGGCUUGCCUGCCUGCCUUGUGUGACACACAUCUCAAUAUGUCUUUCAUUGUAUCGUUCGCUGGUUGAAUCUUAUCAUUUCUGGGACCAUGGCAUGAUGGGUAUUCCAGCCCACCUUAUGGACCCGACGUUUUUCUUACCGAGAUUUUUCCCUUCAUCCAUAAGACUUCUUUCCCAUUUCUUCCGAU